AUGCUCACGCGAGCAGCUCGUCGCAGACAAGCUCUUCGCUAUGCACACAAUGCUGCUGAGCACCUUCAAUUACCAUUCCUGUGCCCGGCGCUCAGGUUUCCUCAUAUUACUGCAAACCAACAACGCCCAAUAGCAUCUCGAACGCUCUCGAGAACACGACCGUUGCCCUCACAGCCAUCGCAGUCCCGACAGCUUGCCUCAGCCGCCCCUUUCCCCGAUCUAUUUGAUCGCAAUGAUGACUACUCGUCAUACUUGCCGCCUCGGGAAUAUCGAUCGGACUCGCUUGGCUCCGGUCUCGCAACACUACCAAAAUGGGACCCUUCUUUACGAGACAUGGUGAAAAUCGAUAAUACUACGUUGGCCCGGCCUGCCAAAGUCAUUGCGCCCAAUCAUCCAGAUGUCGAUAUACGAGGGAACAGCAACGAGAUCGAAACGAACCUGGAUGCGUGCUUGCAGCUAAAGAAAUGGCCACGUGCGAUGACGAACCUUGCCCAGCUCAAGGCCAUCUACUCGGCAGGUAGCGCCGAGUUGCUACGCUCGUACAAUUUCGUCCUGGCCUACAUGGUUGAAGAUUUGGUCGACUCCCAUACUCCGGAAGUGGAACAGAGGAUCACACAGUGGAUUGAACGAGAUAUGAAACAAGCCGGCCUCGAACCAGAUGCGCAAACAUUCGCCUUGGUGAUAAAAGCUUCCUUAGCUGUGCCAUCAAGAUCCAAAAGAGAUCGAACCGUACGGCGAUAUUGGGAUAUGGCCAAACGGUACGAUCUGCAGGGAGAAGUUGGCAAUCUGCGAGAUAUUUUGACCGAGCGAGAUCUUGGGUUGAUCUCACGAAUAUGUCCUCUGGAAGUCGGCGAUUUUCCCGAGUUUGAAGCUCUUGCGUCCGAAAAUCCCGAGAUUAUCCUGAAUGAAGAUGUCCUAUCGCAACAACCAGAUCUUCAAAUUAGGGAAACAGAGCAGAAAGGUACAGGCAUGGCUGCCUUGAGGGAAACGCUCUCUUUGUUCAGUGAUGAAGAAGACCAAACUCGUAUGCGACUGGCAGCCGAACCUGCAGAUAGGGAGGCCCAUGCAUACGAACGACAAGCUCGUCUCGAGCGUGACGCCAUUGCGUCGUCCAUCGCUCGGUGGAAGCGUGAGCAUGAGAAAAUGGCCAAGAUGGGCAUCACGGCCGGACUCAAUUCUGGUCGGAUGGGUGUCUAUAUGUGGCAAUGGCACAAGACUCUCACCACCAAGAUCAUUGCAGAGCUGAAAAAGGUCCAAGAAGCAGAGAAAAAGCCCAAGAAAAAUGCCGAAGAUAAACUUCGCAUGGAGUACGGGCCCUUUCUUCAACAACUAAAGCCAGAGAAGCUUGCCGCUGUCACGGCACUUGGUAUGGUUCAGAUCAUAAACAAAGCCGGCGCUUCUAAGCCCAUCAAGCUCGUUCGAUUAGUGUGUGAGCUCGGCAAGACCAUCGAGUCCGAACACCAUGCUGAAAGGCUGUAUGAGCGUAGUCUCAGAUGGACCAAGAAGAGAAGGCAAGGCCAGACUAUUCCAGAGAUCAUUAAGAAUCUCAACGAGAAUCCGGACAGACCUUCAUCCUGGGGUGUUACGACAAGAGGAAAUCAUCCCGGUGCCCAGAAAUUCUUGCACACGUCUGAAUGGACCACGACCAUACACGUGAAGCUCGGUGCAAUUCUUUGCGAAUUAAUGAUGGACACUGCCAAAAUGCAGAUCACCAAGACCAACGAGAUCACCGGCAAAGAAGUAACAGUCGCGCAACCAGUAUUUCUUCGGCAAACUGUGUUUUCGAAUGGCAAAAAGGUCGGCAUCGUGUCCCUGCACGAAGAGUUCCUCAACUAUCUCGUCAACCAGCCAAGCGCCGAGGUGCUAACCAAGCAGUUGCCGAUGGUCUGCAAACCUCUUCCAUGGACAGACUUCAAUGACGGCGCCUACCUCGGCACAAGGGUACCGGCCUUACGGGUCAAACAUGGAGAAGUCCAGCAAAAGGACUACGCGGUCGCUGCCGCGAACAAUGGCGAUCUGGACCAAAUUCUCCAAGGUCUGCACGUGCUUGGCUCCGUUCCAUGGAAAAUUAACGAGCAGGUCUUCCACGUUAUGAUUCAAGCAUGGAACAAAGGUGAACCGAUCGCCAAUUUGGCUCCGCUGCACAGGCACUUCGACGUUCCUGAGCGACCUCCGGCCGAUGCACCAAACAGAGCAAAACAUGACUGGUUCAGUCGGAUGCGUGAGAUUGAUAACCAGAGAAGCGGUGACCACUCCAAUCGAUGCUUCCAGAACUUCCAGAUGGAAAUCGCCAAAGCAUAUUUACACGAGACCUUCUAUCUUCCACACAACAUGGACUUCCGAGGCCGAGCAUAUCCCAUUCCUCCGUUUCUUAAUCAGAUGGGCGCAGACAAUGCCAGAGGUCUCCUGUUGUUCGCAAAUGGGCGGCCCUUGGGCGAGCAGGGUCUGCGAUGGCUAAAGAUCCAUUUAUCGAAUGUCUUCGGUUACGACAAAGCCAGUCUUUCAGAUCGUGCUCAAUUCCCCAUUGACCACAUCGAAGAAAUUCGCGAUGCGGUAGCGAACCCUCUCGAUGGUCAGAAAUGGUGGUUGAAGGCCGAGGACCCGUGGCAGUGCCUCGCUGCGUGCCACGAACUCGUCAAAGCACUCGACUCCGGAAACCCAGAGGAGUUCGUGUCCCAUCUUCCAGUGCAUCAAGAUGGUUCCUGUAAUGGACUUCAGCAUUACGCUGCUCUUGGUGGAGACGUUGCUGGGGCCCGUCAGGUCAAUCUGGAACCUGGCGACAAGCCGGCUGAUGUGUACACAGGCGUGGCCGAACUUGUCGCGGCAGACGUUGCUAUCGACGCUGCCAACGGGCACGAGAUGGCUAAGCUUGUUGACGGCCGACUGAAGCGCAAAAUCGUCAAGCAAACAGUCAUGACCAACGUAUACGGUGUGACCUUCAUUGGGGCGACGCAGCAAGUCCGCAAGCAGAUUGACGAUCUUUUGCCGGACAUACUAGAGGCUCGCUUGUCAGGGAGAGUCGCGCUAUAUGUCGCUGGGAAGAUCUUCAAGGCGCUGGGUUCUCUGUUCACUGGUGCCCAUCAAAUCCAGUAUUGGCUCGGGGAUUGUGCUAACCGCAUCUCGUCUUCUGUUUCUCCUGCACAGAUGGCCAAGCUUGGCAUGAAAGCAAAUAGCCCUGUGACUGACGACAAAACCGACGACGUGCGCAAGACUUGGAAGAAGAAAUCGAAGAAGGACGACGCGCUCCCCGGGGCUGAGUUCCGCACGAGUGUGAUCUGGACGACACCUUUGAAGCUUCCUGUGGUUCAGCCGUACCGGAAAGCACAAGGAAGUUUGGUGCAGACCAACCUCCAGUCUAUUACGCUGCACGAGCCUACGGCGGCAGACUCGGUCGACAAGCGCAAACAGCUUCAAGCAUUCCCGCCGAACUUUAUUCACUCGCUCGAUGCUACGCACAUGAUACUGUCCGCACUCAAGUCCAAGGAGCUCGGUCUGGAUUUUGCAGCGGUGCACGACAGUUUCUGGACCCAUGCAGCCGACAUCGAUACUCUGAAUCGACUUUUGCGUGAUGGGUUCAUAAGAAUGCACUCUGAAGACAUCAUAGGUCGUCUGGCGGCCGAGUUCAAGAAACGCUACGAGGGCCAUCUCUACAUGGCACAAAUCUUGAAGACAUCGAAGCUUGCGAAGGCCAUCAGGCAGUACCGGACUGACCAUCGCGACGUUCUGGGGUCAAGCAAUGCCAAGAACAUCAAGGCACGCAAGCAUGCCGAGCUACUGCGAGAGAUCGAGAAGAGACAGCUCAUGGCAAGUGAUGAUCCAGAGGAGCGGAGAAAGGGCGAGGAAAUGGUGACAGCAGCAACGCUGUUUGAACGAUACGGGGGCGAAGACUCGCUGAUCCACAAGGACAGUUUGGGACAAACUGCGAUUGCUUCUAUGCCCAAAGGCCCAGAGCAGGCUCAGAUUGCAGAGGCUCUACGGAGUCCUACGGAUGUCGACGUGGACCUCGGAAAAACGCUGAAUCCCCUGGUGGACGACAUGGACGGCGACGCCGAUGACAUCAACAUUGACCAUGACGCGGAAUUGGAAGCCGAUGCUGCAGCUGCGCAAGCUGGAAAGAAGAAGAAGACGCCGUCGGCUGGUAACAACCAGACAUGGCUAUGGUUGCCAUUGACCUUUCGGCCAGUGCCCCAAAAGGGCGCAUUUGAUGUGACGAGGCUGAAGGACUCUCAGUACUUCUUCUCGUAA